UGCCAAUGUUGAAUUUUUCGUGAAUUGUGAAAGGGCUGCUUUAUUUUCCGUGAAACGUGAUCUAUACCCCCCCAUUUACCACCUUCUAAACACUCGAUCCAGCAACAAAUUUUGACGGAGCCAGAAUGAAACCAUUAACUUAAUUACUAUUUUCAAUUUGUUUACUUCGUAUUCCCGACAAGGCUGGCUGAGAACUUUACAGAAGGCUGAAAUGUUCCAGAAAAACAUUCGGGCUCGAUCUACAAACUAAGCUUCAAUCUUCAGUCCCUCCCGGCUAGAUCAGUCAUCAGGUUGUUUUGGUUUUCGUCUAGACCAAUCAUAUUGCAAUCGUUUAGACAAAAUUGUCUUGGGCCCGGAAUGAAAAAGGUACAAUCUCUAUUUUCGAACAUGCCUGUCAGUCACUGACAGAAAAAAAUCAUCUCAUAUAUUUAACAGGUUAAAAAUCCACCACCUCAGUUUGUUAUAAUUGCAAAUAUGCCACUUAUCGACAUUCUACCCUUAGCAGUAUGUAGGUUAUUUGUCACAUGAAUUGACCAUGUCAGAAUGGAAGCCUUUGCUCUCACGAGUCUCCUCAAGCUCAGUUUAGACGGCACCUGGGCCAGUAACCAGAAGGUCUUUGGUUCGACUCCCGGCUGGCAUAACUCGAGAGCGGAAAAAACUGACAGGAAAAAAAAUCAUCAUAUUCUUAUACCUGGAAUUCAUUCUUUCUUCACAAAUAGGAGGUGACAGGUGUAAACGAUAUAUAAAUCUAUAUUUAUGGACUUUCUCUGGCGUAGCUGUAACAAAAUGUUUAUACAACGUUCAUAAACCUCUUUUAAAUCUCUCAGUUAGAAUUGAGAUGCGGGAAUAGUUCUUAAAUUUAUUUACAGAAGGUAUAAUCAAAAGGAGAUAGCGAAAAAGACGUUCAAACAAAAUUUGGAUGUUUUUCAAAAUGUUUCAGCUGCCCGGUUGCUCGGUUCCAGCGGGUGCAGCCGGUUGAGAACGUCACGGUAUUUCGUUUUAGACAGAAAGGGGGACCGAAAUCCAUCGGAUAAAAUUAUCAACCUUAUGAAGCAACCUGUAACAUCAGUACUGCAGGUGUAACUUAGUGAUUAGGUAAGUUGUAGUGAUCUGUACUUUACAAAUUUAUCAUUGCCCUGGCAAAGGUUUACUGAAAAAGCCGCCUUGCUAAGACCAAAACAAAGGGAGGUAGUACACUUCACAACUGAAUGAACAUUAGACAGAUCAGCAGUCUGCUAUAAGCAAGAAAACUGAGAAAUGUUCUUGGUACACAAAAAAUGUCCAAUCUGAGUACGGGUAGAUUUUUAAAGAUUUGAAUGUUUUAGGGGUGAGCGACGAAAUUUAUAGCAAUAUGAAAGUUUCCUUGUGAGCCCACGAAAGAAAGAGAUAAUGGGCCGCCGGGCGAAAAAAAAUAUGACCGAACGGAGCUAGCUGAGAGCGGUCUGGAGGAAAAAACGGCGGGGAAAACUUCCACCUGCCCCGCGCUCGCAAUUUUUUUUCGCUUCGCUCGUGAUCACCGAAUUUUUUUCGCCUUCACUAUGAUCCUGUUCAUCGCAGGCUAGGAUUGAUUAUAAAUUGGUUUAUGAUCGUUCACAAUCGUCCAGCGUUAAAUUUGAAGCCAUCCAAGCGAUUGCGAUCGCCCUGAAGCAGUAUCACCUUUAUCGUCCCGAACGCUGGGUUGGUCGACCAGCUGUCAGCGGCUUUGCUCAAACUACAAAAAUGAUAUCAUGUAAUGUAAUGUAAUGUAAUGUAAUGUAAUGAUAACUAUAUAUCUGAUAUUUUGAACUGUGGAUCACAAUGGUCCUUGAAGCGGACUGGAUUUUCAGGUUUGAAAUCUAGCUCACAAUUUAAAGGCACAGCGCUGUGUGAGUUACUUUAUAACCAGACAUUAACCCGCCACUGCGCCUCCUGUUAUAAUACGCCAUUCGGCUCUAAGAGACGCGCGCGCAGGGAAUCAUGGUAGUAGUAUCCAAUGUCUUGAGGAUGUCGAGCGCGUGAUGAAUACAGCUACCAUGAUUCUCUGAGCGCAAGUAUCAUAGGGGGAAUGGCAAACCUUACUUCGGUUUGGUCCCCAUUAUAUCUUACUGACACUAACAUUUUAGUCGAAAAUUAAAACUCCCCGUCAUAAAAAAUAAUGAUACUAAUAAAUUAAAAUAAAAUAAAAGGUGAAAUAGGAACUACUUGUUUGAGAUUAUGAUAUUUUGUUUUUUUUUUACAGAAAGAACUUAAAAUGGGCGAACGAAACCAAAAUAUCAUUAUAUUUGUGAAUUACUUAAUCCUUCUUCUCGAAUAAUACUUCGUUAUCGUCAAUAUCAUGAUUUGUAGAUACGCUUUAAAACAGAGCCAAAGUAAAUUUCUCGACAGCUCUUAAUUACAUAGAAUAUCCCACUUUCACUUUGUCUCCCAGGUAACCACAUUUUGGUAACAUAAGAAAAAAGAAUGGCGACCUAAACUUUAACUGCGCUUGAAAAGCCACAAUUCCGCAAACGAUCGACUUAUGAUCUAAAGCGUCUACAGCUCAACAUGUUCGUUAAAAUGGUAGAAAAAUCACUUCCGACGGUAACUACUAGUAACUGAGCUCCCGAAGGCCGUAAGCACUCCAAAACUCUUGGAAGCAAAACAUUUACAUUAACAAACCACAACCUCUUCAAUACUGCUUCAAGCACUUUAGUUUAGUUACACUUUAUACUAAUGUGAGUAAAAGUUUUCUUCUUCCUUACCACACACGUGAGCGCUUGUCACUGAAAGCUUUUUGCGCGUAAUUGUCACCAAAUUUAGACAAAAAAGAAACUGACAACACCUAUUCACUUCGGCAGAUUAUUAAAAUUAGCUGUCAUUUUUUGAUGGCACCUUGAGUACCUUUCAGUGACACUUCGCAAAAUACAAAUUGUUUGUUUACCUUCUUGACAGAAGAUGUGAAACGGCAGGCGUUUUAAAAGAUUGAAGGUUUACUUGGAAAUACUAGCAUUAUUUCGCAACGCCGCCAACCUUCCUGAAAGAGAGGGAAGCGUUUCAGAGGGCUGGCAAUAUCAUAUCAAGGGAAUUACAUCGCAACUAGGAGUUCCGUCAUUACAGGACGUAGCAACAUUUACCAUCAUCAUGUCAGCGGAUUCCAACAGCAACAUAGACUCCAAAAAAUUAGAUUUCUUCUGGGGCCCAGUCCCAACAUACUUCUGGGUCCUAAGUGCCAUGACUGGUCUCAUCACAUUAGUUUGCAACGGAGUGGUAAUCUUUAUAAUACUCAAACGUGAGAGGUUAUUUCGAAAUCCUGGAAACUGGCUAAUUUUGUCGCUGGCGUUUUCGGAUCUAACAGUUGGAAUAAUCAUGAUCCCAUCGUUGUUUAUCUGCUACUUUUUUACUGUUCCAUGCAACUGGGAUGUGAACAAGAAAGUCUACGACUUGUUCCUUUACAUUUCUGUAACCAAUCUUUGUUUUCUGACCAUGGAUAGAUACAUUGCCGUAGUGUUUCCUUUCAAAUACACGCUUCUCGUUCCACGAAAAUCGACGAUCAAGCUACUGGUGACAGGCUGGCUUUUUCCUCUGGUUGUGUGCGUCAUUCCUUUCAUUCUAAGCUUUCUUCCCAUAGCCGAGACAAAGAAAAAGCAAGCAGAAAAAGUAUUCGUCGCCAUAAAAGUUAGUGUUUUCGAGCAACUGCCUUGCGCAUUGAUGCUAUUGGCGUACAUUCACAUCUUUAAAAUCAGUCGAAGACACGUUAGGCAUAUAAAAUCCAUGCAAAGAAGCUUAAGAAGGAGCAAUUCAGCCGGAAGUGAAACUAAAUGGCGCGCAAAUUCGACCAUCAAGGCGUUCUGCGUAGUCAUUCCUUUGUUUAUUGUCUGCUGGGCCCUGGCCUCAUGGAGAGAGAUUUGUUCCGCGUUUAACCGCUGCUCAGUUCCGCCAACCGCAGUCCACAUUUCACGGCUUCUUCUAAAAGGUCAUUCCAUGAUUGAUCCUAUAGUCUACGCACUGCAUAAGAAAGACAUACGCAAAGAACUCCUAAGGAACGCUGGCCUGACCCGAUUACUAGCCCUUAACGUUCGACCGCGAAGGAUUGGUAGUGAGUAUUCUUACACGGUGUCAAGCGAAAAGGAUAGGAGUAGAAAAGAUCAAGACGUUGGCACAUAUACUGCCCUGCAGCUUUAAUCUUUGCUACUGGAGUGGUUAACUGUUUAUCUAACGUGAAGACCCAUAAACACGUCUAACCGAGGUACAAAUGUGAUGUAUUUACCUGGAGGGUGGAUUCCGAUGUGACAAAGGCGACUGAGAUGAGGAUGAUACUCGUCGUCUCACUUAGGGGUGUAAAUUGUAGUUUUUCAGUUUAUCACUUAGGGUAUUCAACACGCUGGUGUUUUUACCACUGAUGAUCAAAGCGCCUCUUAGAUUUGCACUCAAAGGAAAAAUUAAGGAUGACGCCAAUAUAUUCUAUUGCCGAUAGGUCCUCUGGUGGUUCAGUUCAGGCAUGAGUUUUAACAACAAUUUUUAAAAGUCGUUCGUAAUACGUCUCACAUCAGGCCCCAGUCCUAGCAAUGUACGUCCCUUCUUAAUCGGCUCAGAAAUAAUAAAAAUAUAAAAAUAUAAACUGUUCUGAAUGUGACUUGUUUUAUGGGUGUCUUCAGUUUGUACUGUGAGAGUUAUAGUUCAGAUCUGAGAGCAGGAAUAAAUAAUUCUAGAAAGUGGCCUGUGAAAAAUUGCUAAAGAAAAAAAAAAAAAAAGAUCCCACCCUGAAUCGCCUGAGAAACAAGAAACGAUGCAAAGUUCAAAGAAUAAACGAGUAACUAACAAAUUUUAAAACGUAUUCUUGUACUGUAGUUAUACACUAGAGAGUUCCAAGUUCUUCUCUCUAAACGCUCUUCCCCACUACUCCAUUCUUCCAAAUACCAACUUCAAUUCUCCCCUCUCUUGCCCUCAAAAUGUCUUGAAACAAGCACUUUCGCGCUAUUUACAAGCGUUUUUUAAACGUAAUUUACAUGUAGCUAUACAACGGAGAACCAUGCAAUAAGGUAAGCUCUCCGUUUAUGUGGAAAUAUGUCCUUCAAACAGGCAUUUGGUUAUUGGACUGUAUGGACUCAAGGUUUACGUUUUACCAGAGUUCACUACAUUCCUUCAAAAAGUUGUCUAGAUGACAUUUUCUCAAGGAGGGCUUCUCGGCUCUGUGACUCCAUACCUGAGGUUAUGUUAGUUCUUAUUAGGCGUGUUCUUAAAAUUUGGGUUAAUUUCAGUUUCGAAGUUCUGGAACAAGAAGAUCUGUUAGAUCUUAUA